AUGGCUACUGACGUUGCCCUUGAGACUACAAUGGGAACCAUCAUCCUAGAACUCUACAACCAACAUGCACCGCGCACAUGUGAGAACUUCAAGACUCUGGCAGCUCGCGGCUACUACGACGGGACCAUAUUCCACCGAGUAAUCAAAGACUUCAUGGUGCAGGGCGGCGACCCAACAGGGACAGGCCGUGGCGGGCGCAGCAUUUAUGGCGACACGUUUGAGGAUGAGAUUCACCCUGGGUUGAGGCACACGGGAGCGGGCAUUCUCAGCAUGGCCAAUGCCGGACCCAACACCAAUGGCAGCCAGUUCUUCCUUACGUUAGCACCGACGCCGUGGCUGGAUGGAAAGCAUACCAUUUUCGGGCGGGUGAAGAAGGGUAUCCGGGUGUUGCAGCGUAUGGGACUGGUGCCAACAGAUGCUGAUGACAGGCCUAAGACGGAGAUCAAGAUCAUAAGGGCUUACGUUGUGGGUGAGGGCGAGGAAGACGACAAGCAGUUGGUUUAA